ACACACACAACCUCCUUCCUCCCUUCCUUCAGGGAGGGAAGAGAGUUUGAGCGGAGAGAAAAAUCUAUCCGAGACAGAACAGGGACAGUGAGAAAAAUAUAUGAGUGGGAGAGGGAGAAGAAGGAGGAGGAGGAGAAGGAGGGGGGAGCAAAUUAAAAGUUGCCAAAUGGAGAUAUUGGGUUUCAAGAGGAGUGAGACAGGAGUAAAGGGUUUGCCUCUUUGAGUCGUCUUUAUGUUUUGCUAAUCGGGAUUAAUAUGUAUGCCUCGACACGGUGUCAUCCUGCAGGUUUUUCCACGGAUUCUAGCCGACGUUUUCCGAAUAGGCGUCGUCUCCACCGCGGCUAGCUAACCAGAACAGGCCGGUGUUUAUCUGUUAAAAAAAAUGCUGCUGAGUCUGGAGCGAUUCUCCCCGAAAAGAACACGGGUACGGGUCCAGAAAGCCCCCGAUUGAAACGCGUCGACAUAUCGAGACAAAUGUGACGUUUUUCAUGCUGGCAGAUGAGCCACAUAUAGAAGGACAAAUGAAAGCCUUCCCCAACAGAGAAAGACAGAUCACGUCACCAGGCUGGACGACGGGCGUUUUUGUGCUGCUUGAAUGCGAUUAUCAUUCUGUCGAUUCAGUCUAUUUUUGGAAAUAAAACUUGCAAGCUUGUACUGUACAUUAGCUGACUUUACCAAAGCAAAUGGCGAUACCAUACUGCACCGGUAGCAGGACCAGGGAGUCGGGGGUAGCUUGGUGGUAUGCGUCGAAGGCAGCAAGCAUGCUAGGGCGGAUUUCGGACCACGAUAAGCAGCCUUAUAUUAAACUAAAACAGUCACUCUUUUCGGUUUAUCGCAGUUAUUAGACGACCCCGAUCAAGAAAGGUGAAACAUUUGCUAACGCUGGGUUUAUAUAUGGACACAAACGCUUGUUUUGUCAGUUGGAUAUUUUUGUUGUGGUUAUUUUUUUUUUAACCGUUGAAAACCGUUGGAAUUUGAAUUUAAAUCUCUAACUGCCAAACGAGGAGUGACCAACCUCUGCAUGUUGUAUUAAUCAGAGCGGUUAUAAAUGGCGUCUUAAAUUUCUUGGGACUACUUCAACAGAAAGGUGUUAUGUUGUAAUUUUUAGAUUACAUUUCAAAGCUGGUUGAAAUAAAAUGUCCAUUUUGCCAAUUAUUUGGUUUCUGUUUUUAUUUUUUAAAGUCGACAUUGCAUUAUUAUCAUUGUUUUUACAUUGUGUUCACAUUUGAAGGACAAAGGAGCCUCACUGCCCGUUGUUGCCUACCCCUUUCACACGACAAAAUGUCCCCCUAUCUGUAACUGGUAUCUCAGAAAGUUCUCAAUAUUGUAUAAUACAAGCAUUUUAGCAUAAUUCUAAGCAGCCUAUGUCACUUUAGGAAGAUUUAACCCCGCAUUUUCGACACUGCAUCUCUGUCGUCCUUUGUUAUCUCCGGACCAAAGAUGGAGGCUAAACGUGGCUCAGUUGUAAAGACAGCCCAUGUCAUGCUCUGGAAACAAAGGUGGUAAAUGACUGAAUCCAUGCUUCCUGCUGGAGAUCUGUGUCAUGGAUGAUGAGGACGAUCGCCGUCUUCUGGAUAUUUUAGGAGAUGUGGAUGCACUGAAUGACUAUCUCCAUGGCAGCAACAGCAAGUCUAUUGAAGAGGAUGAUGUGAGAAAUGCAGCCUAUGGGUCGGAUAGUUCCCUCUUUGCCAGUGACACGGCUGGUUCCAACUCUGGCCUCAAGGAUGGCUCCUCUUCAAUGGGCGAGUUUGGAGAGGAUUCAGCAGGGGCAGGCCUCCAGCUUUCCAGCAGCCUUUCAUUUAUCGAGGAUGAAUUGGGGCCGGAGACAUCUCCUGGAGGGGUGGACCUCGGGGGCGAGGACCAGCCCUUUGACAUCCUACAGAAAUCUCUCAUGGAGGCUGACAUCACAGAGCAAACUUUGGCCCAGGAGGCCUUACUGGACUCCCAGCCAGCUCCCACUCUAGUGCAGGCUCCUGUUCCCUUCCAGUCCCAGCUGGUUCCUGGGAGUUAUGGAGGGGGAGUGGGUGUGGUUACCACAGCGACAGCCGCGUUCCCUGCAGGCCAGUUCCUGCAAGGGGUGUCCCAGCUGCCCAAUGGCUCCGCCCAGCACAUCCAGGUGUUGGGCUCGUUCGGAGCAGGUGGUGGUGUGAUGACUCUGAGCAGCUUGGAGAGGACUCCACAGAUUGUGUUGAGGCAGGGGACGCCUGCAGGGACCACAGCAGGUGGUCAGGUGUUUGCCCCAACCCAAGGGCAGGUAGGCCAAGUUGGCUUACCUUUUAAAAACAUCCCCCUUCAAAAUAUAAUCAUCCAGAGAGGCCCAGGAGGCACUCAGACUCUUGUAAGACCCAUCCAGCCCAAACCCCUCCAAGCUGGGGCUCAGACCAUCUACAGCCUCGGUCCCACCACCAUGACUAAUGUAGUUAACGCUAACACCGCUACGCCCGGGGGUCAGUACACAGCGAAUGGCUCCAUCGUGGUGCAGCCGCCCAUGGAGCAGCAACAAGCGCAGACAAACAUAACACCUGGACAGUUUCUGCUGCCCAAUUCUUUGGCGCUCACUCAAGCCAACACCAUCCACAACGGCCCCACAGACCCCAACUCGAACACCCUCAUAACCAGUCAGAACACGGUGCAAAUCAUCGCAGGGCAGAACUUCACUGCACAACCUGGAGGCCAGCUCAUUCUGAAUCAGGGAGUAGUGAGUGGGGGACAGGUCGCAGGGGGCGUGACCCAAACAUGGACAGGAGUUCCCUGUACUAGCGCCAACAUGCAGACAACAUGCGCUCCAGGGCGGCUGACACUGGUUGGUCCGGCGACGGCGGGGAUCACCAGUCAAUGCCAAGUGACGGCUAGUCCUGUUCAACGCCUCCUAGUGACUCAGACGCAGAACUGCACGUCUCUGUCUCCUCUACCUGGUACAGCAGAACAACAAGACUACAGACAGAAUGCUUCAUCACCUGCUCUCAAACAGGCACAGAUCAGCAACAUCCAAGGCAUCACAACUAUGGUCCAAGAUUCAACGCUAAACACUCAGGUCAGUGCUCAGAAGAGACCUGCCCUUCCACCGCUUACAAGAGGAGGAAUGAUUUUACAACAGUUACGGAAGGACCACGCAGGAGUCCAGACCUUAGAACGGCAUUCAUUCGCUUCAUUCGACGAUGCUCUGGAAAGGCUCCUCCCCUACCACGUGUUUCAGGGAACUCCACCCAGCCGGGAAGAGUUCGCAGAGGUGGAUGACGAAUUUGAGGUAGUUGCAACUCAGGUGCUGAUGAGGACCCAGUCCAUGGUGAACAAAUACAGACGGCUGCUCAUGGUGGAGGCUGAGCGCUUCAGCCCAUCAUCAGAAAUGGUGAUGAUUGACCGGACCUUCAACCAAGAGGAGCGUGGCAACCUGACGCAAGACAAACGCAUGGUACUAGUGGAUCCAGAUAACUUCUUGGAGGACUUCUGCUGUGGGAUGAAAUCGAAACGUUUUCAGGAUCCCCUCCCCUCUCAGUCGUCGCCCGCCUGUAGUAUAAAUCAGUCAGACAGAGGCUCCACGGAGCCGCCGUACAGGACAGAUUCCCAGCCCGCGUUCGGAGACCCGGGAGGGGGCGGGACCACAGGUACAGGUGCGGCAGAUAGACUCCCUUCUCCACACUUGGACAACAAGCGAGUCCUGGAACUGAAGAGAUCCCAGCAACACUACGGGCCGAGCAGCGCUGGCAACAACAGCCUCACGGUUAACAGUCACCCUCACGGUAACCCCUCGCCUUUCACAGCCACUGCAGGAGGACAGACGCACUACCGAGGGUCUCAGCACCCUGCCCCCCAGCCGCAGUACCCGCCUCAGCUCAGCUCACCCGCUCCCCCCGACACAGACUCUGCUUUAGAGGCGGCGGUCAACAGCAUUCUGGAAUGUUAAGACUGAUUGCUCCGAUUCAUCCCAAAUGUACAACUUCACUUCUUUUAUGUGUGUUCUUAUAUUUGUUGUGCUGCCCUCAAAAACCCCCACGUGAAGAGAGGUUGACUCUUCUUUUAGAUCUGUUCUCUUUGUGUUACCUUCUCCGGCCAUGUUGAGUGAAGUUAGGUCUUUUAUGUUAAGUAUUUGGGGGGUUGGAGUCAUGAUGUAGGAGUCAGAUGUGCACUUAAAAAGACCUAUAAAGAUCCGGGCAUGUGUGCAAUGAUAUAGACUAACAGAUGGUUUGUUUAUUUCAGUGUUUGUUCAAGAGGUUUGGUUUGGGGCUUCAGUAGCUUGAAUAUAAGAGUGCCCCUCUCUUCACACACAUCCUUAAUAUUUUGUGCCAGUUGAUCACCCCCACUACCUAUGCUAAACACAGGGAUGAGGAGGAGGAACAAAUAACGACUGUGCCUGAUUCUAGGUUUUUAUUUUGAAGUGUUUACAUGAAGAAGCUCUAUUCAAAAAUGUCCUUUCUGUCAGCUCCUUUCUGCUUUACAUACAUGCAGUGCACACAAACGUGCUUUACAUAUUAGGUAGAUGAGUGGUUCCGAGGUGUAGGUUUUUCUUUAAGGUGAGCCAAGUAGAGACAAAUUGCACUAAUCGCUCAUUUCAGGAACAUGUUGCUGUUCAUUGAACGCUAGGCUAAACAGAAUGUGAACCAAAAUCUAUUCGCCUGCUUUCAGCUGCCUGCAACAGGACAACCUCUUUCUCACACUAGAAACCGGUCAGACUGACAUUCACAGUAGAAAGCCACUCUUGUGUUCUCAUGCUUAAGUCUCCUUUUCUUUGGCAUUUUUUCUUUUGUACCUUAAAGGUACGCGAGCCCCGACACAGACACCGGACAAAUCUCAAUCUCAGUCUCUCUUAUCAUUUCACAGUGAGUUUGUGUCAGGGGCGCUCAGUCCUCAGAUUGAGGACGAUAUGUUACAAUAUCUUUUUUUAUUAUUUUGUUUUUUAUUUCGUCAUUUUUAGAAACAAAAGAAAAUAUGACAGUUUUUUUUUGUUAGUUGUGAUGUGUUCCCCGGCUCUGUGAACAUGACGAUGUCGUUGGGGUCUUUUGAUUGUAUGUCUGUCUGCCUUCUGCAUAUAUUGAUAUAUUGAACAUAUCUAUCAAUUCUAUCUAUGCUUUACUACCUUGACAUGUCUCUAUGUGUGUGUUGAUCUACACACACGCUGUUUUCGUUUUAUGUUCUCAUGUACUUUGGUUGUUUAAAUUGCCAUACUAUGUGUUCCUAUGUUCCAUGUUCACUUUCCAGUGUUUCUUUUCAGGCGUUUCUCACAUUUCCUCUCUCAGCAGCGCAACCAAAAUACAAAACAGGAGAGAGUGUGAUGUUGUCCAGAAUCCCUUUGGAUCGUUCGGCAUCUCACAACAGAUGUGUGGCGGGUAUAAAGAGGAGCUGUAGUGUUUCCUCUGCAGCUGUGCCCGCACACUGACUCGGGCUCCUUCAGUUUGUUGAGUCUCAGUUUCAGAUUUUUAAGAUGCAAAAAUGAACUUACUGUGAUUCCUGCAAGGCUUAUUCAUAAAUCCUGAAUAUAUGUCAUGCAUUUCUGUUUUGGAUUGUGCAAAUAUGUCACCCAGAUUUCCCCGAUAUCAUAAGCAAGAAAGGUAAUUUCUUCAACACAAGGACCAAAGCUGAGUGUAAAUGUUCAACACGGUUGAUUUUGGACAGCGUCACCUCUCUCCUGUUCAUGUGUCUGUGAAAUAUGCUUGCCAAUAUGCUACAGGGCAGACUGAAGGCCUUUUAUAUGUGAUGAUAGGUUUUGUGUUUGACUGCCAGUGGCCACUGCAGCCCGCCUGCAUCUCUGCCUAUAGACCUCUUCUAUCUACCAGUGCACACUGAGAAAACUGGGCUCUCUGCUUUGAUAACAGAUCUCUAAAGACAUGUAAAAGCCAAGGGGGAGAUUUGUUCUUCGCUCCUCCCGAGUGGUCGCUGCAAGACUUUGUGCCUCUUUAGCACUUAUAUCCAUGAGAAAGUUAGUUUUAGACUUGCACAAAGUAGGGUUUUGUCAAGCGUUGGUGAAACAUUGUGAUACCUUGAUGCAGAUCAGCGUCUUGAGGGCCUGCUAGGAACAUACUGUGCUUUCUCUCUCCUGUUCUCAAUGCAGAGAUGUGUUCUUUCUGCCUACAUUUUCACUGUCGUUUUGUCUCACUUGAUUUGUAUAGUUUGUUUUUGUAUAAAAAUGAAAAGUGAAACACAAAAUAUUUAUAAUUUUUGUAUGGAAAAACAAAAGAAGAAUGUAAAAGAAAAACAAAGAGGAAAUGCAAAUUAUUUUUUAUUGUGUUGGCUGAGAGACGGCGGGCAUAAGGGGAAAAGUCGUUAUAAAAACACCAUCAUUUCUUCAUUUGUAGCUAAUGUGUGUUCACUACAGCGGCAAGGAGAGUCGACAAUAAAUUCAUUUUGAAUACAAUCA